AUGCCUGAAUAUUUAUAUCAUCCAGAUGACUUCGAAACACAAGAAGAACCCUUGCCCCAAUUACACGUAUGUAACAGAGUUGCCCGCAGUUUAGCAAAGGUAAAACGACUUCCAUCAGAUGAUGAGCUUGAAUUAGAUCCGAUGGAAUUCGAACACUAUGACGAUGCCACACCAACCUAUGAAGGAGCCUAUGAAAGUGCGUACGACGAUGUCGACGAACCUUAUGCAGAAGCCUAUGAAUUUCCCCCCAAACGAGUAUACUCUCGCAACCAAUGGACGACACCAAAAAAACGAUGUUAUAGAGACGGACCAGGAACUAUUCUAAAAGAACGAAAAAUUGUAGAGUACGAGAUACCACAACAAGUGCAUUAUGAAAGAAAGUGGAAAAUAACACAUGAUGCAAAAGAAGAAGAAGUUGAUAGCACCGACACAUUAUCUGCCGAUGUAGCAGUCGCCGCGUCAGUUAACAAAUCUAGAACAUCCGUUUCGAAGUUGGGUGCAGAAGAGCCGUUGCCAUCAUCCCCACAAAAUAAAGCACAAAGUGCAAAAAUGGCACAGGAACCGAAAGGAUCUUCAGGUGCAGGAAUGACCGGAAGCACCGAAAGCACAAUGAACGGGACGCAGGCUGAAGCAGUUAACAUGAAAACCGGGAGAGACUUUAGUAGACGGAAACUUGCUACAUAUAUUACUUAUAGUUGCAAUGGGUACAGUCAGUAUGUCCUCACUUCUGACAUUCCGGUGCUGCUACCGAAAGCGAAGGCAAAAGUGCCGAAGAAAGCUCUAAAGGAUAAAAUUACAUGA